UCAUAUUCUCGAUUGAGACUCAUCCGUAGAAGCCCCAUUGAAAACCAUGGCCGACGCCGAUACCGUUGCGAAGCAGUUUGUCGACUUUUACUACAGCGCCUUUGACGCCGACCGCAAGGGCCUUGCCCCGCUCUACAGGGACGUGUCGAUGAUGUCGUGGGAGGGCCAGCAGUUCAAGGGCGCCAACGAUAUUGUGGAGAAGCUGGUGAGCCUGCCGUUCACCCGGGUCGUCCACAAGGUCACCACCAUGGACGCCCAGCCCUCGCUGCCCGGCGUCACUGCCAUAGUCAUUACCGUCACUGGCCAGCUCCAGAUCGACGAUGAGCAGAAGCCCAUGCAGUACACCCAGAGCUUCCAGCUGGUUGACGAUAACGGGUUCUUUGUCUACAACGACAUCUUCCGCCUCAACUACGCCUAAGCCAACGUGCGUAGCCUUACAUCUAUAUCUCUAGUAAUUGCUGGCAGCUUGAAAUAAAUUGCUGUUGGCUUUGUCAAACCAUGCUGUCACCGCGAGUGAGGUUGCAAUGUAUGGCGAUGGCUUUUUUCUUUUGCGCAUAUGGCCCGGAUGUCGGGUACACCGCAGCAUACAUGUUCUAUGCUAUAUCAAAAGAAAAAUAGAUUUG